AUGUCACAAUCAGAAAAGAAGUCCAAAGACCCAGUGCUCUCACUUAUAUCAGGUACGAUUGCGGGUGCAGUAGAAGGGGUAGCCACUUAUCCAACAGAAUACGUAAAGACGCGCCUACAGCUUCAAGCAGGUGGCCAACUUCAACCUGGAGAAUUAAAAUUCCGAGGGCCUAUUGACUGUUUAGUGAGAACGAUUCGCACACAGGGUGUAAGUACGAUCUAUACAGGUGUCUCAGCAUUAGCCAUUGGCAAUGCAGCUAAAGCAGGAGUACGAUUCCUAACUUACGAUCAAAUUGCAAAUGUCUUGCGAGAUAAAGAUGGUAAGCUUUCAGGUAUACGAAGUAUGCUAGCUGGUCUAGGAGCAGGCAUGACAGAGGCGGCUUUAGUCGUAACCCCCUCUGAAACAAUUAAAACCAAAUUAAUUCAUGAUCGAAAUAAUGCUACACAUAAAUAUCAAGGAUUAAUACAUGGUACACGAACGAUUAUAGCUGAGGAAGGCCUUGGUGGUAUCUAUCGUGGGCUAGGCCCUGUGAUGGCAAGACAAGGAGCGAAUAGUGCUGUUCGAUUUAGUUGUUAUUCAUACUUUAAAUCAAUGCUUCAGAACUGGCGAGAGAAGGAUGAUGAACCUUUACCAUCCACACACACAUUUGUAGCUGGAGCCUUGGCUGGUAUUGUUACUGUCUAUUCAACUAUGCCCUUAGAUGUUGUCAAGACACGAAUGCAAGGCUUAGAUGCUAAAACAUUAUAUAAAAAUUCAGUAGAUUGUUUGAUAAAGGUUGUAAAGCAGAAUGGUGUAUUCUCAUUAUGGAAAGGAACAACACCUAGACUAGUUAGACUUAUUUUCUCUGGUGGCAUCGUUUUUACUGUAUAUGAAAAAGUAUACCAAGCAUUAGAAUUUGUAAAGAAUUAA